AUGGCUACAUCAUACGCCUUGCUGUCGCUCCUACUACUGGGACUGCUCUGCACCUGGCUGAUAACCAACUGGCUGAAGCUGAGCAAGGCCCCUUCUCCGGUCCUCGCCGGUACCACCGACCUCUGGCCAGCCUACCAACAGCGCAAUGGGCAAUUGAGAACCAAGCUCAUAGAGCUGCACGCUCGGUACGGACCCAUUGUGCGCUAUGGAGUCCGCAGCAUCAGUAUCAGCGACCCCGAGGUCAUCAAUGUCGUCUACGGCAGCCGAGCAGGCUUCAUCACGGCGGAUUCGUACAAGGUCCUGGUGGGAAUCUCCAACGGCAAAGAAGUGCCGAAUCUCGUCAGCACCGCCGACGAGGCCCGCCACGGCGCCCUUCGGCGCUCCGUCGCGAACGCCUUCACGCCCACCGCGUCGCUGGACUACGAGAAGUGGAUCGACGCGACCAUCGCCGAGCUGCUCGAUGUGAUCGGCAGGAAGAAGAAGACGACGCCGUUCGACCUGGCGAAUACGAUAUUAUUCUACAAGAUGGACGCGGCGGGCCGCUUCAGCUUCGGCGAGCCCAUCGGGUGCCUCGCGGCCGAGGUCGACGUCGGUGGUUCGAUCCAGCUGAUCCGCGACCGCUUCACGCACUGGGGCCGCUGGUCGUCGCUGCCGGGCUUGGAGCGCCUGCUGUACCGCAACCCGCGCGCGCCGUCGGGCAUGGCGGCGGCGGCGGCGGGGAAGCUGCGCGCAAGGGCGGCCGCGCAGGAGAAGAAGGACGGCGGCGGCAGCGAGCACGCGGACCUCCUGCAGCUUCCUCGCGGCCAGCAGGGCGAACCCGCAGACGCUGGACACGACGGGCGUGACGCGGGCGACACGACAGCGGCGUCGGUCACGUCGGCGCUGUACUUCCUCCUGAAGAACUCCGACGCGAUGUACAAGCUAGAACAGGAGCUAGCGGGCGCCAAACUGCCGGAGAUCCCCAGCUUCGCGGCGGAGAGCAUGCGCGUCUUCUCGUCGGCGACGUGGCCGAUGGAGCGGCUGGUGCCGGACGGCGGCGUCACCAUCGCCGGCAUGUUCUUCCCCGCCGGCACCAGCGUCGGCUGCUUCCCGUCGGCCAUCCACCGCAACACCAAGUUAUACGGUGAGGACGCGGGUGUCUUCCGCCCGGAGCGCUGGCUCACGCCCGACCGCGAGGCGCUGCGCCUGAUGGAGGCGGCGCACAUGGGGUUCAGUCGGGGACGGCGCAGCUGUCUGGGCCAGAAUAUUGCGGUCAUGCAGAUGAAGAAGGUCAUACCCGCCCUGGUCGUGAAGUUUCAGAUGAGCCUUGUCGACCCCGAUGCGCCUCUGGACGCCGACUUCGCGCCCGCCGUGGCUUGCUCGAACUCGCUCUACGUGAGAUCGGAAGCAAAAGAAUAA